AUCGAGACUUUUUAUAGAGAGGAUGGUAAACCCAUGAGUGAUACAGAACUACUCUACUCAGGUAGGAUGGAGUGCACGUUGGAGAAGAGAGGAUCGGUUUUCGUUCUGACCCUAACCAGCGAAAGCGACGAACAACACCGUCUCAACCCCACACUCCUCUCCUCCCUCCUCGCCGCUCUCACCCAAGUCCACUCCCAAGCAACCGCCGCCUCCGCCCUCGUCACCACCGCCCAAGGCAGAUUCUUCUGCAAUGGGUUCGACUUCCGCUGGGCGCGUGCAGCUGCCGACCCUCAAGCUGCCCGCAUCCGCCUCCGCGCUAUGUCGAACUCCCUUCGCCCCGUCCUCGCCGCACUCUUCUCCCUUCCCAUCCCCACCGUCGCCGCUGUCUCCGGUCACGCUGCCGCGGCGGGAGCUGUUCUCGCGCUCGCGCACGACCACGUCCUCAUGCGCGGCGACCGCGGCGUCCUCUACAUGCCGGAGGUGGACCUCGGGAUCACGCUCCCUGACUACUUUGCAGCCGUCAUGAGGGAGAAGGUAGCGGCGGCUCGUGACGUAGUGCUCGCGGGGAGGAAGGUGAAGGCGGAGGAAGCGGUGGAGAUGGGGAUUGUGCGCUCUGCGCACGAUAGCGCGGAGGGUACCGUGGAGGCUGCGAUGCGCCUGGGGGAGGAGUUGGCACGAAGGAAGUGGGUUGGUGAGGCUUAUGUUGAAAUCAGAAAAAGUUUGUUCCCUGAAGUGUGUGAUGUUUUGGGUUUAGCACCUAAAUCCAUUGUUUCCAAGAUUUGAAUAAAACAUCAUGAAUUUAUUGUUUUGUUAUGAAUGGUAUAAACAAGGAGGAGUAUGAGAUUGAAG